UGUGUACUAUUGUUCCCAAAACGCUUACAAAUAAUAUUAUUUUAAAAUACAUAUGCAAGUCGUAGUUGAUAACUGAACGAUAAUGAAGAUCUUUUAUUAUAUUUUUCUGACAGUUUUCGGCGCAAGUGUUGCAGAAAAAUGUAAUAAUCGUAUUAAUUCCAAUGGAGAUUAUUCCAGUCGUCUUUCUCCGGGGGUUUUUACAGAAACUGAACACUUAUACAAAUAUAAACCCCAUUCUCAUGAAUUGCAUAAUCACUAUGCUAAUGAUAAGGAUUAUAGUGGUGAAAUGCAUUUACCACCUCGAAGAAAAAUUGAUAAUUUCGUCAGUGAUGACGUAGACGCAGACGAACCUACUAAUAGAAUUGUUGGUGGAGAAAAGGUUAAUAACAUUGAAGAAUACCCUUUUCAUGUGGUGAUGAUUGGUGAAAAUGACGAACAUUAUAGAGUUUGCGGAGGAGCAAUAAUUGCAGAUAAAUUCAUCAUCACUUGUGCUCACUGUUUUGUUAGUAUUGAUGCUGUAGACCAUCACGUGAAAGCUGGAAUAUCGAAUUUACUGCAGAAGGCGCAAAUUCGAGAGGGUGCUAAAGUAUUUAAACAUAAAAAGUAUCCUGGUGGCUACUUUGAGAACGACAUUGGACUUCUAAAGGUUAAAGAACCGUUCAAAUUUAGUGCGAAAGUGGGAAAAAUAGGCUUGCCUCAUGCUGCUGCAUGUUUUAUAGUGGGCGACAUUGUAACAAUCCUAGGAUUCGGCCAAACUACUGUACAUCCAACUGAAAUACCGAACGAGAACCUUCACGUCUUAAAAGCUCCACUGACUUCCCGGGAAAGAUGUAUGGAACGAAAAAUUGAAUUUGUGGGCGUUGAAAUGACAGAGAGAGUGCUUUGUACUGAUACGCCACCAGGUUAUGGUGUAUGUUUUGGAGACUCAGGUGGGCCCAUGGUGAUAGACGGAUACGUCAUAGGGCUAGUGGCACAUGGAAGUAUGUGUGCCUUAGGCGAACCUGACAUAUAUACCAGUGUAACGUUUUACCUUAAAUGGAUACACAACAUACUUACAAAUUAUCAAUAA